GGCCCAAGGUAUCCGCCGAGCGCGGUCCGUCGAUUGAAAAACCGACGAGGCCUCAUUCCUUGAUCAAGUGUUGCCAGUGGCGAGUCGGUCGGUCCCUUAGACUCUGGCUUUAGGCACCCGGUAAGUGCAGUGUGUGUGUGUCUGCAAAAGGUGGGGGCGAAGAAAAUCUCUCUACAAGCGCUACUUACUACUUUUGUGUCUGGCCGAAUGUGUCUGGCAUGGAAGAAAAGGAUUAAAAUCUCAUAAUUCAAGACUAUUGCCAAAGUUUUGCUUCCGAACGGACAAAUUGCAACCCUUUUCUUGAAUCCGGACCGCCUCCCCCUCCUGCUGAGACGGUGUUUCCUCUUAAGUGGGGUUGCACAAGAAAAAGACGCAAGGUGGUGGUGCGAAAAAAAAGCACAAGAAAUUCGAGGAUUUGUUUGAUUACGGAGGCAAUCGAGUGUGAAAGCGCCGCAAGGAAAAGUCGGAAUCGAACCAAAAUAGAAGCGUUUCGGGAAAGAAGCCCCCCUUGACAUGGGGGAGUGGGACAUCCCUAGCCAAGUGGGUUGUUGGCAUCAAAUAGGCGACGUGACCCGCCGAAUAAGUGUGUCUUAAGGGGAAGAGGGCAACAAGCAAACAGUAAACGUACGAGAUGCCGGGAAAGAUUGUUGAAUGUGAAAACACUAAAUUGAAGAUAUAUGCUUUCUUUUUCCCUCGGUGAAGAAUUUUAUGUGCUGCGGUGAAAAAGAAACCUUUCCCGUUCAUUCUUUUUUUUACGAGCCGGUGUGCGGCGGAGAAAAUUACAAUUUGAUAGGAUUUGAGCAGCAGCACAAAUCGUGGAAAACGCAAAGUUUUGCGGCCAAUGUCUCGGAAAGCCAAAAAGGGACGAUGUGUACUGAAUGUAUAAUUACUCCGUACUUCUUAAUUGGAAACCGCAACAAGGGAGAGGAAAAGUGAAAAGUUUUUUUGUUCCAGGAAAACCGCAGGAUCCAAAUGGGGAAUGGAAAUCCUUUUUAAACAAAGUAUGAAAAAUCAAAGUGAAAACUUUUCAAUCACUACGGCAGCAGACAGGAAAUGCAUUUUUAAUUGACUAACAUUUUGAGGAUCUUUGGCAGUGCGCGUGUGUACGUGUGUCACGGAAUGGCCGACGACGAUGAUGGUGGUGAGAUUGUGAUGAUGCAUGCAAAUGUGUUGGUGCAGUGAGUGCAGCAGCUGCAGCUUCCGUGACGAGCAUCACCACCAAACCCCCACGCGGGAGAUCGCCGAACUUUGAUUCCAACAGCAGCAGCAGAAGAAUCGUUAAAGUUUAGUCAGGAACCCAACCCUCGUCACCACACUUGAUCCGCUGAGCUGAAAAGUUGUUCUGUCGCUUUGCCGCUGCAGGCAAAACUGCCAAAAGUGUGAAAUCAUUAAUUGUACAUAAGUAUAUAGAGCGAGUAGUUAUCCGUAAUCCCCAGUUUCAAAUAGCAGGACAAAAAAAAAGUUAAAGUUACAACAAAGUGCGACAGUUGGUAAUUGAAAAGGUAACAACGGUAAAGUUUUACAAUUUUACAAUUUUGCAACUCUCACUCGUUACCCGUCUCGGUUGAACUGGUUCGUUUUGGGUGAGAAAAUUUACUGACUUGAGGUACACUUUAGAUGUGCAGAGUGAAGUAAAGUGCUGCAAUUAGUGGUCUGAAAUAGCACCCAAGGAGGAAGAUGCCCAACGAGAUGACCAACCGGAGGAGUUGCUGUCUUAGGUGGCAGCACUAGUCAGAGAACAAGGGUUGCUUGCAACAUACCACAUCGGCUGUUGGUUUUACCGGUCUAUGGUUUUGCCAAAGCUCCGCCACCAUCAUGAUGGAUGUGCGUGGUCUUUUGAAGGCUUCCUGCUUGUUGUACAUACUUAGAGGUGUCAUCCUGCUCGAUCUUCAGGGACCGUUAUUUCUCAGCGAACCGCUGCAUCGCAUCGAAUUUUCCAACAAUUCUGGAACUCACAUCGAGUGUACAGGUCAUGGAAGUCCACCGCCCGAUAUGGAGUGGUCGGUAGCGACAACUAAUCACGAGCUGGUGUACGCAUCGCCAAACGGAAGUCUGAUUUUUUAUCCCUUCACGGCGGAUAAGUUCCGCCACGAAAUUCACUCCACAGUUUAUAGAUGUAAAUUAAAAAACUUAGUCGGUACUAUUUUGAGUCGCGAGGUGCACGUGAAAGGAGUCGUUAAUCAGAAGUAUAAUGUACAAGUACAUGACGAAUACGUCAUGUCGGGCAACACGGCGGUUCUGAAAUGCCAGGUGCCCAGCUACAUCCUAGACUACGUGCAGGUCACGGCCUGGGUGCAGGACUCCGGCGUGCACCUGUACCCGAACACCGACAUCGGGGGCAAGUACAUCGUGCUUUCGAACGGCGACCUGUACAUCAACAACGCCGGUCCCAGCGACGCGUACAAAACGUACUCGUGCAGAACUGUAAAUAGACUAACAGGAGAGAUACAAAUUUCAACAUAUCCAGGUAGAGUGAUAGUGACUGAGCCGAAAGGACUAGUACAACCUAGAAUUAAUGUAGAGAAGCACUCGUUGAAACACAUAGUUGUGAACGCACAAGUGACGUUGCCUUGUGUAGCCCAAGGGCACCCGGUGCCGACGUACCGGUGGUUCAAGGAGGUCAAAGAUCAGAUCAUCCCACUGCAGCUGAACGAACGCAUCAGCAUCAUCUCGGCCGGUCUGCUCAAGAUCGCCAAAGCCCGACUCGAGGACAGCGGGAAGUACCUCUGCUGGGUGAACAAUACCGCUGGCGAGGAGACAAUCCAGGUGACGUUGACGGUGACGGCACCUCUUUCAGCUCACCUGCAGCCCCCAGUACAAACUGUAGAUGUUAGUAAGGACGCCCAGUUCCAGUGCAUCAUCUCGGGUUUUCCCGCCCACGAGGUGCUGUGGAUGCACAACGCGAAACCCAUCGUCCGGGAUAGCCGGAUAGAGAUCUACACCGACACACCCCGGAUCGUGAUCAAGAACGUCCAAAAGGAGGACCAGGGCAUGUACCAGUGCUUCGUGUCGAACGAGUGGGAGCAGAUCCAGUCCACGGCCGAGCUCCAACUUGGAGACGCCACUCCGGAGCUGAUCUAUUGGUUCUCCGAACAGACACUCCAGCCAGGCCCGACCGUAUCGCUCAAGUGCGUGGGGACCGGUAAUCCACCACCGCAAUUUACCUGGAAGUUGGAUGGUUUUCCGAUUCCAGAUAACUCUCGGUUCGUCGUCGGUCAGUACGUAACGAUACACGACGAUGUAAUCAGCCAUGUAAAUAUCUCCAACGUUAAGGAGGAGGACGGUGGCGAGUACACCUGUGUGGCCCAGAACAGCAUCGGCAAGGUGUCACACAGCGCCCGGGUGAAUGUUUACGGAGCUCCCUACAUCCGAGAAAUGCCCAAAAUCACCGGCGUGUCCGGCAGUGACCUGGUGAUUAAGUGUCCGGUGGCCGGUUAUCCGAUCGAUAAAAUCCACUGGGAGCGGGACGGUCAAACGUUGCCCAUUAAUCGCCGCCAGCGGGCCUACAACAAUGGGACACUCAUCAUCGAGCAGCUCCAGCGGACGGAGGAUGCCGGAACGUACACAUGCAUGGCGCAGAACAAACAGAAGCAGACCUCCAGGCGGAACGUCGAAAUUCAAGUCAUAGUGCCUCCCAAGAUUAUGCCCAUCCAAGCGAUGACCAACAUGUUGCGCGAGGGCAUGCGGGCGGCCAUCUCGUGCCAAAUCCUCGAGGGUGACCUUCCGGUCAACUUCCGGUGGGAGCGCAACGGCAAGUCCAUCCUCGGCACCGGUAACGAGGUGAUUCGCCGUUUGGACGAAUACUCGGCCAGUCUCGUCAUCGAACAUAUCACCUCGGAGUAUUCGGGAAACUACACUUGCAUUGCCAGCAACGUCGCCGGCAGUGAGACCUUCACGGUACCCCUAACCGUGAACGUUCCGCCGAAGUGGAUCCUCGAACCGAAAGACUCGAGCGCCCAGGCCGGUCAGGAUGUUGCGCUGCACUGCCAAGCCGGUGGCCAUCCGAAGCCCACAAUCACGUGGAAGAAGGCCAUCGGCAACACACCCGGAGAGUACAAAGACUUCCUGUACGAACCGAACGUAUCGUUGCACGCCAACGGUACGCUGGAGUUUCGGAAAAUCACCAAAGAAUCGCAGGGCCAUUUUUUAUGCGAAGCGAAAAACUCCAUCGGUUCCGGUGUCAGCAAGGUCAUCUUCCUCAAAGUUAAUGUUCCUGCUCAUUUCAACACGAAAAACAAGCAAAUCACUUCACCUCGCAAUAAGCAAAUUCACAUUCAGUGCAACGUCCAGGGCGACAAUCCGAUCGACAUCAAGUGGAAGAUGCAAAAUUCCCAGCAGCACAUCGACGAAUCGUUAGACAACCGGUACAACAUCCGGGAGCAGGUGUUGGACGAUGGAAUGGUUUCAGAGUUGGGAAUAUCUCACACUUACCGACAGGACACCGGCAUCUACGUGUGCCACGCAACGAACGCAUUCGGGCAUGAUGAAAUGUCCAUUCAGUUGGUUAUCCAGGAGGUUCCCGAGGCGCCGAAGAACCUUCGCAUAAAUUCCCAACAGUCGAGAACUCUUCAGCUGUCGUGGAGUCAACCGUUUGCUGGGAAUAGCCCCAUCGAAAAGUACAACGUCGAGUACAAGCUGGUCACGGAUUCGUGGCAAUCGGCCGAGCACAUUACCGUGGCCGGAACGCAAACCGUCAUCACCCUGCAGAAUCUCAAACCAGCGAAAGCAUAUCACAUUCGAAUAUCGGCCGAAAACAAGCUGGGUGCGUCCGAGUACUCAGAAGUAAUCCAGGUGACAACCCUGGAAGAAGUGCCUUCCGGUCCACCGUUGAACAUCAAAGGUGAACCAAAGAGUUCCACCGAAAUCUUCCUCUCGUGGGAAGCGCCCGACCGGGAACAGUGGAACGGCAACCUGCUGGGCUACUACGUAGGCUACCAGGAAGCCUCCGGUCCCAACGACAAGGACAUCAAUCCUACCCAAGGCUUUAAUUUUAAAACCGUCGAAGUUCGGACGCAUUUUGGCGGCGAAACGACGCUUACCAAUCUCAACAAGUGCACUCAGUACAACAUUGUGGUGCAAGCGUACACCAGCCAGGGCAGUGGCCCACCGAGCAAGGAGAUUUCAUUGAGCACCCUCGAGGAUGUGCCUUCCACCCCGCCGGACAGCCCCAAGUGUGACGUCCUGAGCUCGACGUCGAUCUACAUCACGUGGUCACCGCCGGCAGCUGAGGGACAAAACGGUAAAAUCAAGGGCUACAAAGUGUCGUACAUCGAAAUUGACGAUCUUUUCGAACGCGAACCACACACUGCCAAAACCAACAACCAGUACAUGACGUUGGAAAAUCUGAAGAAAUUCACCAACUACACAUUUUGGGUGCUCGCUUUCACGAAGGUUGGUGACGGCGUUCGAACGACGUCAUUCUUCUGCACGACGCACGAAGAUGUACCAUCUGCACCGCAUGCUAUCAAAGCCGUGCCGGCAUCCAGUAAUAAGAUUAUCAUAUCGUGGUUGCCACCCGCAAACCGGAACGGCAUCAUCACCGGGUACACGUUCUACAUGAGCCUGGUAGAUGGAGGUCGUGAGGAAGGUUCCCACAAGCGUACGCUGGUGCCAUACGCAGAAAUCCACGAAACGGUACGUCUCCAAGAGCACGGGACGUAUCAGUUUUGGUUGACCGCGUCGACCAAAAUCGGGGAAGGCGAGAAAUCCGAGAUUGUUACGGUUCCACCGAACAAUAAGGUUCCCGCGAGAAUUGUAUCCUUCAGUCAGGAAAUUGUGACACCGUGGAAGGAAACCCUCGUGCUGCCUUGCCGAAAAGUUGGUGUUCCGGCACCGGUCACCAUCUGGCGUCAGGAUGACCAACCCAUGGAAACGGGCACGCGGAAGCUGAUUGCCAAGAAUGGAACCUUGUAUAUCAAGGACUGCCAGGCUUCCGACGCUGGCAACUACACGUGUAGCGUCGAAAACAACUGGGGAAGGGAUGAAAUCGUGUAUCAUAUUAAAAUUAAAGUACCUCCAGAUCCACCGAGUCUUUCAGUCAUCAACACCUACACGGACAGCCUUUUACUGGAGUGGUUGGACAACAGGAACGGUGGCUCUCCAAUCCUCAGCUACGUAAUCAACUACAAGCGUGAGAACGGGGACUGGGAAGAAAUUCAAAUCGACUCCAAAACCAACACCCACCUUUUGGUGAAUCUCUGGUGCGGUACCAAGUACCAACUGUAUAUAACAGCCAACAACAAAAUCGGAACUGGUCUUCCGUGUGACAUUGUCCACUCGCAAACCAAGGGGCUGCCUCCGGUUCAACCGAAGCACUCGCAAAUGAUCACACACAACUCAACGAGCGUGACCUGCUGGCUGGACUCGUGGGGCGACGGCGGUUGUGGGAUUCUGCACUUUUCCGUCGAGAAUCGGAUCUACGGCCGCUCGCAGUGGGUCAUGAUUUCGAAGCACGUGGAUGCGACGGAAAGGGUCUAUACGGUGGCUGAACUGCAGCCCGCAACCAAGUAUCAGCUGCGCGUGACGGCACACAACAAUGCCGGAUCGACGAUGGCCAUCUACAACUACACCACGUUGACCGUGGCUGGAGUGAUGGUUCACCCCGACCUGACGAAUCCCGUUUCGCCGCACCUCGGGGACAAUCCAUUUUACGCCAACUUCAAGGUCCUGCUGCCGCUGUUUCUCUCGAUUCUAAUCCUAUUUGCACUGAUCGCAGCGGCGCUUCUCAUCCGGAAAAGAAAGCUAAAUAACCAGAACCGAAUCCCGUCAACGUCGAUGUCGGAGUCGCCGUCGAUUGCCAACAUCCAGAACAAGCACAACCGCGACCAGCAGUAUCUGGCGGUGCGGGCCCAGCAAAACAGUCGCAACAGCAAUUCGGUCGAUUCCGGCAGCUUCAAAGCCGAGGGAAAUGAAUACGUUGAAGACAUUUGCCCGUAUGCAACAUUUCAGCUGAACAAACAAACGUACAGUGAAAGUUCAUACAGUGGAAAUGUUUACAGUGGACCAUAUCAUUCGGUAAGAGGAUCAUUUGUGUAUCAUGAUGUAAAAACCGAAAACUAUCAUUCGAACAGCCAGUGCGAAAAACCAAGAACCGAUCCUGAGAAGCACAAAUCCAACAAAGAACCCGAGUACACAAAAGUACGCAGAAAGGGCGGAUCUCGUCUGCGGGAUCCGACCACCUCGGAGCCGAUAGAUAUAAAUCAAUUUAUAGAAUCUGACAAUCCCGGAUCCACAGAUUCCGAAGUUAGGAAGAUACUAACACUUCAUAUACCGAUUACAGAAUAUGAUACGCUUGGUUCCGAGUCCGACAACGACAUGGCCUCGCGUUCAAACCAGUCCAACUACCGUCACCAUAGAGACGCUCAAGACGAAACAUCUUCGUCCUCUGAGAAUUCGCCUUCGAGCGUGUCUCGCAAGGCAAAGCCACCCUACCCGCCGCGAAAGUCGGCCAAGUCGGCCCAGAACCUGACCUCGCAGAAGCGUCACGUGCGGAGUUCGAGCGGCUACUCGAGCCACAACGAGGAGACAACGUUUAGUAUAUCUAACUAUCCCAAUUACUCCGAACACCACAUAACGCCGCCGGCCAGAUUCUCCGAUCUGCUCGCCGGGCGGGACGCCACGUUGGCCGUCUCGUCCGUGAAUCCCUCCUCGGCCACCGGGCUGAUUCAGCAGCUGGGCGGCAGUGCUGCCAGCGAGCAGCUUACGGUGAGCACGAAAAAAUCGAGCGCGAGCACGAGCAGCAAUCACUCGCCGCGACCACGUGCCAAUCAGAAGCUUCAGCGCGAAGCGUUCCAAAUCAAUGUGUGAUGGGAUUGUUACAGCGAUUUUCAGGAUUUUUGAAAAUGCUGACCCGCUCACUAAUAUACCAAAAACAAAAUCAAUCGAACGACAAGAAAGACUCAACAAAUACAACGCAUCUCUUUACAAUUUGAACUACGCGGACGAUGAGGAGAAGAAAUUGAAGCUGGAAAUUUAACACGCGACGACAACGACUUGAACCGCGGCUGUUUUGGUCCCACUUUUUUAAGACAUUCCGUUACAAAAACAACACUCACUUUCCCCCCAAAUACUCUCAAGCAAUCCAUCGUUUGUGCAGUAGAGAAGACAGAACUAACGAAUGAAAAUAGUGAAACUAUGAUGAAAACAAAGAUUGUUAUUGAAUAAUUUAGGGCAAACCAAUGCAGAAUAUUAGAUAGUUAUUUGAUAUGAAAAUUUAUUGCGACAACAGGAAAAUAGAGUGGAAAUGUGCGAAACUUGACCAGAGCAGGAUUUUAGAUUAGAAAUGAUUUUUUUGUUGGCUGGAUGAAACAUUUCCCGUGCGUUCCUUGUGGUCGAAGAAGCCAUCUUGUAUUACAUGUUAGUGCAAUUUUAGAUGCACCCUUACAAAACAAGGUUUGAUAAGCUCAGUUGGCUGAAUGUUGUGCUAGGCAUUAAACUUGCUGAAGCUAGGUUGGUGCCGUUCGUGCCAAUCACAGUCAAAGGAGGAGGAAAAUGAUGAUUGGAUACUAGAGUGGAGUUAGACUGAUGCCUUUCUUGUCAACACUAGUGGUUGCAGUGCAUCCAAGUAAUCCCGAAAAUGUAUUGUAAAAAUUAAAGUGGUCAGACCUACAGCACCUUCUCUCUGCCUAUAAAGCAUUGCAUUAACCGCAGAGACAGAUUCUGUGAACGGAACAAAUUUCACCGAAUCAACUAGGGAGGAAGCAUGCGGUAGACGUACCGUACCAGACGCUCCGAACCAGUUGUGGUGUGGUGUAUUGAUGUGAAUUGGGCAUAUCGACAUCUGUGAAAUUUAUCAGAUGCACUACGAACUUUUUAACUUGAGAAGUAAGAAGUGGUAACCGUUUGCGGUCCUCUUAGUUUCGGCAGUUUCGGCGGUUCGAAAUAUGCCAUUUUUGAAUGUAUUCCAUCAUCAUAGGCGUGUAGGUCAACAGCUUGCGAUCAAGUUUGCUUUUUGAAGUUGAUGGGCCAACUCACACAGCAGUUGCCUCGAACCCCCUUCGACUUCCGUGGAAAUUGGCACUAGGAAGAGCCACGUUGCCUUGUGGUAAAGCAUUCGCAUUGUAAGCGGAAGAUCGGGGUCCAAAUCCCGGCUCGGACCAACACAACUGGUGAUCGUUUCUGGAUUCGAAGGUAUUGUAUCAUCUUAAGCUGGAACUUAUCACAAAACUUAGGGGGGGACCUAUGGAAUGUUAACACGAACAAUUAACAUGUUAAAAUUAGUUGAUUAGAAACUGCAACUGAAUCCGAUUUGUAAAUGCCGGCCCCGAUACUCUUCAAAGGUGUUCCUCUCCAAGGAGCUAGGAAAGAUUUACUUUUUACUUACGAGAUCCAUUUUUCGAUAUCUGGUGACGUAACGGAUCCAGUGACUUGUAGCUCGAAACCGUGAGGAGAUAGAAAUUUGGUGUCAACGGGACCUUUGUGUAUAAUGGCGUACACAAAACCCCAGCAAAGCGUAUGUUUCAUAAAAAAGGUUAAACAAUGAUUCUAAAAUCUCAGCUUUUUCUUGUUACAUGUCAUUUUAUGAUAAAUUUGAUGUUCUUUUCGAGUCUGCAAUAACCCGAAUAGGGUUAUACAACGUUUUAGAACAGACUAAACCAAAAAAAAUGUUGUAUAAAAUAAGGAGUUUGCAUGUAUUCUUUACCACGGUGUGUUUUUUAGAACAAACAAAUUAUAAAAAUUCGGUAUGUCUGAUAUUUGGCACCGUGGAAGAAGGGCGCUUUCCUCCCCCCCCCCCUUUCCGGUCCAUUUGCGUAAAACAGGUUUUGGGUGACUCACCACACAUAACCUUCGGACGCCUAUAGAAAUAAGCACAAACUUGCAACAGAGACCACAAAAGACCUCAAACUAUCAAAUGCAAAUAGUCAUUCUUAUGUAAAAUUGUCUGAUCUUUCCGAUAAAAAUAUUAUCAGAUUUUUUUUUUAAUCUGACCGAACAUUUGAAAACGUCCAAAAAUGCUUUCAUAACGGUAUCGGGGUAAAUGGAACCUAGAUGAUUUUUGCGAUGCAAUUGGUUAUUUUUACUGGAUUCCUAAGACAUUUUCACAUAAAUUAAGUGAGUUUUGAAUUUCACAUAAGUUAUGUGAAUUUUGCAUGGCCACAUAACGCCUCCAUUCUAAAUAUACAAUGGAGUAAAAAUGUUUAAAAACAGGGAAUAGGGGCCAAAUGGUGGAUAAAAGCAUCACCACUCGAUUCCCCGGAUUUUUUUACGUAAGAGAUACUACUUUUCAUAUACGAGAACCUGCUGCGUUUAAUUAAGUACGAUUUUGGGUCGGAUUUCGCCCGAUACUCUGACGAGGAGUUUCUCACUUUCAAGUUAUUUUAUUUUUUUGCACUGAAACUAGAAAGCUUUAUACUAGAAGGUCUCCUUAAAUCAAUUGAAAUCGCAAAAACUCUUAAAGCCUAAGUGAAGGAAAGAGUUUAUUGGUACUUUUUUGAUGAAUCGUUUACAGAAACGUAUGAAAACGUAUGUUCACAACAUGGUUUCUUCGGUCAAAGAGAAUGAGCACAUCAAGUUGCAUCCAAAACCAAACAUACAAAGAAAAAUCUCGAGAGUAAAAUCUAAAGAGCUGCUCACAAAUGAACCCGCAGUGUACAUUACUCGAAACUAUUUUAUAUUGGAGUUGUGUAUUUUAAAAACGAAUCGGUAGUUAUUCCCCACUCAAAGUGAGAACUUGAACAUGUUAGGUUAACAAAUUGAGGUGAACAACACACAAAUCACCCACAAAGCCAACGCAAAACCAGUAGCUAGUUGUUUUUUGUUAAGAAAAUGAUUGGAAACCCUUGAUGGCGAAAAUAGGAUUAAAAUUUAGCAAUUGACCCUCUACACAUACACAAUACACACACACACACAACCCCAAGGUUCGUUCCCUCCUGAGUCGCCACACUCGUUAUCGAGCUUUAGUUAUAGAGGGCGAGGAAAUCGAAGAAAGAAAACAACAAUUUUUCACCCAGUGUCGAGUGACGAGUACAAUAAGCCUAACGAACGAAGGGCGCGCGCCAUUCAUGUUGAUAACGAUUUGAUUUUUUAUAGGAAAUUUUAUUAGGUUGAAUAACUACUGCACACACGCACACUCACACAAUUAAACACAACCACGACUGAUUGGAUGUUUCACGCGCAAUUGUCGCCAUGUUGAGCAGAAAAUGCAUUAAAAACUAGUUCAGAUCGGAAACUUCAGUUACACCUGUUUAGUGACGUCCUAACAAGGAGGAAAUUUUGUUCUAUAGUUGUGUAAAAAAACCCUAGGGAAAUCUUAAAAACAAAAAUUAGAAACAAAGGCAAAGCCAAAAAUCGAUUAUAAAUUGAAAGUGUACAUACAAAUCCAUAAGAAGCGAAAUCACGAUUAAAAAAGAUUGAAAAAUGUACUAAUGGUGAUCAAUAUGUGAUUAUUAAGCUGUUAUAAAUUUAUAAGAUUACUUUUUCUCUUUUAAAGGUUGAACGAAGAAAUAAUAACAACCAUUUUCAAAUAAAGAGAAGAAACUUGCUAAUUAAAAUCUCGCUUAUUAUAACAAAAAAGAAUUUCAAAACUACAAAAUCAUUUCUUCGCAACUCUUUGGACCUAACUUCACACGAAAUUGAUUGUAAAAUUCCCCACUUUAAAUUUCAAUUAAUUCGGUACUAAUUAAAAUAAACAAAUUAGAUUAUUUUCAGUUAUUUUGAAAUUUUUAUUUUAUUUUGGUAUGCGAUAUUUUUAAAUCACUGUUGCCACUUUUAGUACACUUUUUCCACAACAUAUCUCUCUUACCUGCAAGAUACUGUACAGAUCCAAAUACGUCACAGUAGGCAAAGUUUCGGAAUACCAAAAUAAUUUUGUAAGAACGAUAGCUUCACCGCCUUCUUCGCUGUAAAUAUCAAUCAAAAGGAAAACUCACUCACAGCACAGCAAAUAUGUUCAUCACGCUCAACCGUGUCCACACUCAGUUACUAAAAAAGGAAGCAAAAGAAAAGAAAACAUGACCCUUACCUGCUUUCACCCGACACAUUUAAUUUGCGAUCAAACCAUGCUGGCACGCCAAUGUUGCCAAAACGUGUAUCCGACUGAUAGAGAUUAGCCAAUAAAUCACACUCACACAAAUAAACUUGAGCCUAACGAGAGACUGGAUCGACGCAAGCAACAAAAAAAAUGCGAUCGGAAGCGCCAAGAGGCGCAGGAACUGCUAGGAGUUUAGCACCCAAAAAAAAAACAAAGAAGGCCAAACACUGUUAUGACAAUAUUGAAAGAACCCAUUCCAGGAGUGUUUAGCGUAUUAUAGUUUUUAAUUGACAGACAGCCAAACCACGCUGGAGCACAAACAAAAGAUUAUAUUUGUGAAUUUGCAAUAGACUACAAAAACCACGGCAUCAUAUAAAUACAGUGUCUGCAAAAAUAAACAGUUAAUGUAUCAUCAUCCAAACAAACAGAAAAGAAGAAAAAUCCUCGGCACACAGCAUAACGAUACAGACAUACACAAAUGAAAAAAAAAAAAACAUACAAAACAAACAAUAGCAGGAAUAUACCUCGAACAUAGUUUCCUUUCUCAGAUGCUUACAUGAAAUAGAAGAAAAAAUGCAUUGCGAACCGAUAGGAAAAGAAAGCAAAACCAGAAAAAAAACUCACAAUUCCGACAAACAAAAUUACACAAUCUGCACAAGCACUUGAGCACAGCAGCUGCUGCUGGGCGUCAAAAUCCAUUUUGGUAUUAAGGAAUUUUACUGUAAACAUAAUGAAUUGUCACAACAAAAUCCAGAACAAAACAAACGAAAAGAAAAUUUACUCUAUAUAACAAAAAGUGUGA